UAGUGAUCUACGACUGCUCCUAGAGACUACUAGUGGAGUCGAUGGUACUUCUCUGAGAAGCCAUCCACUUUUCCAGAGCGCACUGCCAAAGGCUUCUCGGUCUUUGUAGCUACGGGUAGCUGUUGAUCUCUCAUUCACAGUUUGCCUAGCGAGAACACCUGUAGUAAACUGAUUUAUUCACCUUGCCAUUGCGGCUUUCUCCGGUACUGCGACCAAGCUGGAUUCCCGGAGCUCUUCACCAUGUCUGGCGGGUUUUAGAUACUCGAUGGAGCAACCUAACUUCUACGAGGUCGCCUUUCGACCCCCGAUGACCAGCCUUCCCCAGAAUCAGCAAAGUGCCUUCUACUACAAAGAACCUCCAGUUUCUGGAGACCUGAGUGAAAUUUGCGAGAACGAGAACUCGAUUGACAUCAGUGCAUACAUCGAUCCCGCUGCAUUUAACGACGAAUUUCUGGCAGAUUUGUUUCACCACAGCUCGAAGCAAGAGAAAGCCAAGCUGGCCACCGGUGAUUACGACUACACCCACGGCAGCAGCAACGCGCCUGGGGUUCACCAACAAAUUUACGGCUGUAUGGCGAGUUACAUGGACUCAAAGGAGGAACCAAUGUACGACAACACUUCUGCCACAAGAAUCCGACCUGUUGCCAUCAAGCAAGAACCAAGAGAAGACGAAAACGCAAGUCCUUCGUCCAUGCCACCAACUUACCAUCAUUCUCACCAUCAUCACACCCAGCAUCUACCACAUCUCCAGUACCAGGUCGCGCACUGCGCGCAAACUACCAUGCACCUCCAGCCUGGCCACCCGACCCCUCCGCCCACCCCGGUGCCAAGCCCCCACCACCAACAGAACAACCUGCCAGGCGGAUCGAUGAAGAUAAUGGGUGGCAACGAGCGGGGAAAGACCAAAAAGCAUGUCGACAAGAACAGUCCAGAAUAUCGCUUGCGGAGAGAGCGAAACAAUGUCGCCGUGAGGAAGAGUAGGGACAAGGCGAAAAUGCGCAAUGUGGAGACGCAGCAGAAGGUGAUAGAGCUGACAGCUGACAACGAUAGACUGCGCAAGAGAGUGGAGCAUCUCACGCGGGAACUGGAGACUUUAAGGGGCAUCUUCCGGCAGCUCCCCGACGGCUCUUUUGUCAAAGCCAUGGGGAACUGUUCGUAAAAAUGAACCCGAAGUUCGUAGGACUUAUCGGACUGUUUUAAUUGUAUCUUGUUGGAUCUUCACAAUAGAUCUGACAGAUUCUCUAAAGGAGCAAGGCAGCUGAAAUAUACAUGUAUGUGCCUUUUGUACAAAACAAUAAGCUCGUUUUCACAAAAAUUUAGUUGUGUAUACUGUGUAAACAGUGGAUGUGCGAUUGUCUUUUGCCUUAACGUAAGAAUAUGCUUGAAUGUGUGUUUUUAGCUAUGCAAAACAUAUCAGUGCAUCAAAGGUAGGCUAUAAAUUUCAUGUUAAUCUGUCUCGUUUUAAACAGCAUUUUUGGAUGUCCUUUCUACUCGAAAUCGAAUAUGAGCUGUGUCGUUUUGAACUAUAUUAAACUGUCCACAAAAGUCCAUAGUGCUUUACGGUGGCGCGUUUUCCCCCAAAACUGGAUAGAUAAGUGCAGAGAUUCGAAUUUGACAUGUAUUGACCCCGAAUUAAAUCAAGCAGUUUUAGCUUCAUGGUACAAAACACCCUUUCUUACAUUAUGUCAUGAAAUUUAUUUGAUAUUUUUGGGAAGUGUUAGUCUGAAAUAUAUGCCAAAGUAAAGGACUGGAACGCAACUGCAAUACUGUGGUAUCUGCUUGAUAUAAGCAGUUUGUAUUAUGCACUAUAUGUCGUCAAAAUGCGGCGAAUAAAGCACAUUGUAUUUUGGAAA